CUUCUUGCAUAUCAGGCUGGUGUGAAGAACAGUGAACAAGGCUGUCAGUCAAGACCUGUCACCAUGCAGAAAGUUUCUGUGUUGAUCCUUGUUGCCUGCUGUGCUCUCACAGCACUGUCAUUGGCCAAUGACACAAAUGGAUCCAAACUACCUUCCACCAUGAGUUCUGCAGAGGCAUUUGAUACAACCAAUAAGACCACGACUCCAAAACCCACAACCCAUAACACCACGACUCCAAAACCCACAACCCAUAACACCACGACUCCAAAACCCACAACCCAUAAAACCACAACUCCAAAACCCACAACCCAUAACACCACGACUCCAAAACCCACAACCCAUAAAACCACGACUCCAAAACCCACAACCCAUAACACCACGACUCCAAAACCUACAACCCAUAAAACCACAACUCCAAAACCCACGACCCAUAACACCACAACUCCUAAAACCACCCCGACAGCACCACCUCAACCUACUCCAGCUACCAAUCUGACUGUAGGAAACUACAGUUUGAAGACAGACAAAGGAGUGGUUUGCCUAAAGGCUCAGAUGGCACUAAAGAUCAAACUUUCAACACAGAAGGUCAAUGGAACCUUCAUUAUCCAACCAAAGAAAACUAAUACAUCUGGUGAAUGCAAGGAAACCAAAGCCAACCUGACCCUUUCCUUUCAAGAGGGCUUCAUCACCUUCCUCUUCAAUAAGAGUGUUGCUAAAAACAUCGCCUAUCUUAAUGCUGUGUCUUUCAGUCUGUCCUACCCCUUGACAAAGUCAGGAACUCAGAAAUAUAGUGCCAAGAACGACUCAGUGCAUCUAUUUGCUGCAAAGAUCGGACACUCCUACUCCUGCAAGGAUGAAUCUGUCUUCAUGGGAAACGGAUUGAGCCUAGAAGUCUCUAGCGACAGACUGCAAGCCUUCAAUGUCACUAAGAAUGAGUUUGGCCGUCCUGACCCCUGCCCAGCGGACCAGCCUGACUACCGCGUUGCCAUUGCAGUGGGAGUGACUCUGCUGGUGCUCAUUGUCAUUGUGCUGAUUGUCUACCUGCUGGGCCGCAGAAAGAGGACAGCUGGCUACCAGUCACUCUGAGGAUGGAGCGGCCGUAGGUCUAAAACAAGUGACCUUCUGAAUAAGGGAUUGUGGGUAAAGGGGCAAUUCCGCUGAGCCACCUCCCAUCACAUUUUACUAAGCCUAUUUGUUGCUGCUUUUCUGAUGUGUUACUAUUGAUAACAUUUGAACCAGAGAUAUACAAUACAACCUUAAACACACAGGUCAAAAAUAACUCAUGCAGUUAAUUGUACACUCUUCAAUGAAUCCAUACAGAUAACUUUAGUAAGUUUUUACAUACAACCUCAUAAAGUUACGGAAGUUUGAGCCCAAAUUUCAUCAAAUUGAAAAUGUACAACACUAAAUUCUCUUUAAACUGACACUGUCAUGAAAACUGAUUGAAAAGUCAAAGUUAAAAACUCCAAUGAUCAUUCUUGUUUUGCCGAAAAACAGAUCAAUAAGGGAUUCAUUAAAUGUAACAUUAACACUCUUUUUUCACUGUCCUUUGCAUUAUACCUUUAAUGUUCAGUGGAACUUAUUAGACUUUAAGCCAAAAUUUGCAACCAGAUUUAAUGAGCAUAUUCCUGAUUAACUGUCUCCUUAAAUCUGUAGAUUUUUUUAAAGGUAACUUCCUGUUUGUAAUCAUUGGGCAUUCAGAACAUAAGUGAGUUGAUUUCCACUUGUGAAAUAAUCACUGACAUAAAGGGGAAAAUUGAAAGGGAUUAUUUUGACGUUGAUUGCACUGAUUGCUAUUUACUUGUCUUCCAUGGACUGCACAUUGUACUGUCCUUUCAUUUAAAUGUUGUGUCUAAUCUUAAAGAGCAUUACCUGAUGUAUAACCUUAUCUUUGUUUUAAAAUUGUAACUUGUAAUUGGAAAUAAAAUAUUUUUUAGGAUGGCUUGAAGUUAGUGAAUGAGACUACACUCACGAUUUUACAAGUAGUAAGAAAUUAAGAUGUUCACAUGAAAGCUGUGAUUCCAAGCUUUCUAACUUCUGGUUCUGGUUCCAGUGCUUGCUGCACAAUCUUCUAACAGUUUUCAACAUAUUUUCUUUGUCAGUCACAAAUGAAUGUGCUGGGAAUUUGCCUUGAUUAUCUAAGAAAUGCUUUCCUGCUCACCUCUGGGGCUGCUGCCCCCUCCACUUCUGGGUCAAAGCAGGGCAGGAAGUGUUGGACUGUUGAAGCCUGAGCCAGUCUGAAUCCAAUCAAACGCUUUCAUACAGUCAGACAUGUCAUUUUAUAAACUUCACAUCCAUUUUUUGUAUCUAGAAUAAGUGUUUAAUUUGUAUGUGAUUUUUAUUUGGUUGUGUGUUUACCCCAGAAUGCCAUUUAAUGCAUAUUUGGUCUAGUUUUUAGUUCAAUUUGUUUUUGGCUUUAGAAACAGUGACAUUUUGCUCUGAUGAAAGUUUUUCAUAUAGACACAUCGUGUUUUGCUCCAAAUUAUUAAUCACAACAGAAAAUGAAUUCCUAAUAUUCUGACGUAAGUUAGAAUAUAAGGAAUAUUAUCUCUGUCAGCUGAUGUAUCAUUGCCUUUCUACUGUUGUUGGAUCAAAUAAAGAAGAUUCUAAGUGCAAUUCUAAUUUACCAACAAGCUCUGAAGGGAAUUUCUUCCAAGGGACCAUUCCAAUUUUCAUUCAUUUAAAAAGGGAACAAUCAAACAAUUUUUUAAAAAAGCAUUUAGAAUUAAUCAAAUUUAGAAUUAUCAAAUGCUUUCUGAAUUUUUCUUGUGGGAUUCAAGAAAGUGUCAUGUGUUGAACGCAGAAAGUCCCUUGGAGGCUCUUCUAAAAUCUGUUAUUAAACUAAGCCAUGCUGAUUCAACUUCACUGAGAAUAUUUGAAUUGUUACAUAAAAUAGAAAUCUUGCAUGCUGUGAUUUGGGAAAAUGUACGUUCUUCUUGUAAACAUCUUGAUAUUGCACUGUUAAUGCCCUGAAGUUAAUGCAAUGUCAUGCAGUUAUGUGUACAGAUCCCCACUUGAUUUGUAGUAUAAUGUCAGCAAAACAGUGACAUGUUUGGAUUGAUCGUGUGUUUGUUGCAUAUGAACUGCAUAUCGGUUGCUGGCUUCCUUUGCUAAUAAAAACAAAUAUUUCUAAA